AGGCGGGGGUGGAUGGCCACAGGGGCGCCGGGGAGCCGCGUCGGGCUUGUUGUCUCGGGCCCCCAUGGUCCUCUAACGCAGCCCCGGGGGCCGCUGCGCGCCACAUUCCGCUCUCGCCGGCCCCGCGCCUCUCGGAGCCUCACGUCUGAGGUGGGAGUGUGAUGUGAGCCGCUGGGCGAGCGGCGGAGAGAAGUGCCAAGAGGAGGAGGGAUUGGGACGGGAGAGGAGAGCGAGUUAGUCAGCAGAGGUCGGCCGAGGGAGCCAUGAAAACAACUCUCCGGCGGGGAAAAGGGCUGGCGCGGCGCUCCGGACGGCGUGGCUGAAGGAAAUCGGGGCCGCGGCGGGACGGGAGGGGCCCGCACGGGCAGGCUGCGCCGAGCAGGGGCGAGCGCCCGGCCGUAAACACCUUCCCGGGACGACCUCAGUCUCGGCCUCGCAGGGCCGGGGGGUGGCAGGGGCGACCCGGGACAGCCCAGUAGAGUUCGUUUGGGACUGGGGGCUGGGCACGAGGAGAUGACUCGCGUUUCUUUCUGACCCUCUCAUUGUGUCAACUUGGCCGCGGUUGAGGCAGGAAGACUAGCCAGAGGGUAAUUACACAGGUGAGGCCCGGCGGGGCGGGCGGAGCUGUAGGCGAGGCGCUUGGGGUCUUGAAGAGUUUCCUGCGCCCAAGUCACCAGGUCGGAGCAUUUCUAUACCAGCCACUGCGGAGGUGCCACUGUUCCCAGCGGUAUUUUUCUUACAAAGGGCAUUUUGAAAACGGAGCAGUAGCCACAGAAUCGGCGGCGAGCCUGUUGAAAGAACCCACACGUGUAUUUCACAGCACCUUGGGUGGAAAUUGGCGUGAAAAUGAAGCCAGACAGAGGAAUUAACAGACUUUCCAAGAGCAGGGUGAUUUCAUUCAUAUGCUGCAAAAAUAAAGAUAGUCUGGAUGAAUAUUUUGAAUAUGAUGCAGAGGAGUUCUUGGUCUCUUUGGCCUUGUUAAUAACAGAAGGACGAACACCUGAAUGUUCUGUUAAAGGUCGGACGGAAAGUUUCCAUUGCCCUCCAGCACAGUCCUGUUACCCAGUAACUAGCAAACAUGAAUGUAGUGAUAAGCUGGCCCAGUGUCGCCAAGCCCGAAGAACUAGGUCUGAGGUCGCAUUAUUGUGGAAGAAUAACCUUCCAAUCAUGGUGGAAGUGAUGCUACUACCAGAUUGCUGCUACAGUGACGAUGGGCCCACCACAGAAGGGAUUGAUCUAAAUGAUCCUGCAAUUAAGCAAGAUGCGUUAUUAUUAGAAAGAUGGAUAUUGGAGCCAGUUCCUCGACAGAGUGUCGAUCGAUUUAUUGAAGAGAAGACUCUCCUAUUGGCUGUCCGCUCAUUUGUGUUUUUUUCUCAGUUAAGUGCUUGGCUGAGUGUUUCUCAUGGUGCUAUUCCACGAAAUAUUCUUUACAGAAUCAGUGCUGCUGAUGUAGACCUACAGUGGAAUUUUUCACAGACUCCAAUUGAACAUGUGUUUCCUGUUCCCAAUGUGUCUCACAAUGUGGCCUUGAAAGUCAGUGUUCAGUCCUUGCCCAGACAAUCUAAUUAUCCAGUUUUGACCUGUAGUAUUCACACUAAUAUUGGCCUUUAUGAGAAAAGAGUUCAAGACCAUGAACUUAAAACCCAUCAGCACCGAAAUUCUACUGAAGCAGAGCAAUGUAGUACGAACAGUUCACAGCAUCUGUGUAGCAAACAAACUUGGACCAUGGCACCCGAAAGCAUAAUAUUACAUGCAAAAAAUGGCACAACUCCAGAAUUUACUGCAGCUGUCAAAAAUGUCAAACUAUAUCCGGGCACUAGCGGUAAAUCUGACUAUGGAACAUCUCAAGGCAAUAUUCUGGGCUUCAGUGGUAUAGGAGGUAAAAAGUCACAUGAAACAUCAGUGAGAACUUUAAAAUCAUUUUCAGUGAUUGAUUCUAGUGAAUCUAGCCGUCAGAGUUCCUGGCAGUCAGUUGGUGAGACUAAUCCUUUAAUAGGCUCUCUAAUUCAGGAGCGACAAGAAGUUAUUGCAAGAAUAGCUCAGCAUUUGAUUCAUUGUGAUCCAAGCACUACACAUGUUUCUCGACAUCCACUUAAUACACAAGAAUCUAGUUCACUUAAUUCAAAGCUUUUCCGGGUUUCACAAGGAAAUGAAAAUGUGAGAAAAUGUAAAGAAACGUUCUCCAUUUCUUUUGGUAAUCCAGAGCUCACGUCCUCUGAAGGGAAAAUUCGAGUAAAACCAGAAACUCCUCGAAGUGACACUUGCAUUUCUAAUGGUCUUCAUUCUCAUCAGUCUGUUGGUGAGAUUAAUCCUUUGAUAAGCUCUUUACUCCAGGAGCGGCAAGAUGUCAUUGCAAGGAUUGCUCAGCACUUGGAGCACAUUGAUCCAACAGCACCUCACAUGCCCCGGCAAUCAUUCAACAUGCGGGACUCCAGUUCGGUUCCUUCUAAAGUGUUUAGGAGUUCCUAUGAAGACAGAAAUUUGUUGAAGAAAAACAAGGAUGACACCUCUGUUUCCAUUUCUGAUACAAAAUUUUCCUUGUUAGAUAACAUCAGUGAAGGGAAAAACUUAACACCUAAUAAAUAUUUUAGUUCUUUAAAAUGCAAUAGUAAUGUCAAGCCUUCUUUGAAACCUCAAACAAGAAGAAAUCUGCAUCAGAACAAUCCUAGUGAAAUCCAAAGUACAUUUCAAGAGACACAGAACAAAGCCACUGGUUUAAUGAAUCCUUCAAAUAUGUCUCAUUGCAAAGAAGAUAACUUAGAUUUCACAAUCAGAUUGGAAAACACACUUUCUGAGUGUCAAUUUAAGGAACAAGAAAUUGACAAUGAAAUCAAUAAACAGUAUUCAAAAUGUAACAGUAUUGACAAACAGAUUUGCAUAAAUAAGUACAAGGACAAAAUAAUAAUAAAUGAAAAUUAUAAUCCAGAAUCUUUUAACAAUCACCAGUUUGAUCAUUCAAAAAAAAAUGACUCGAAAACAAAUGUUACUCUGUUGGAAAUGUCUGGAUAUUUGAACAAACACGCAAAUGAGUGCUCAGAUAAAGACUCAAAAAAGCCUAAGUCAUGCGAACAAAAUACUCAACUUAAUAGUAUAGAAAAUUAUCUCAAUAAAGAUAGUGAAAGUUUCAAAUGCAAAAAGCCAAACCAAUUAAAAAAUGAACAGGAUAAGAAAGAAGAUCCAGUUGAUGAAAAAUCUCAAAACUGUUCUCAGAGGAAGAAUAUAAAAGACUGUUUGUUUACCUGUGAACGACUGAAAAAUAAAGAGGUAUUGCAGAGAACUAUACCUCUUAAACACUCAAGUGUCUGGCAGAAACAUAAUUUUCAUUCCUUGGAUGGAACCUCAACCAGAGCCUUUCAUCCUCGAACUGGAUUGCCUCUUCUUUCCAGUCCUGUUCCUCAGAGAAAGGCACAAUCAGGUUGCUUUAAUCUGGAUUCUUCAUUACUGCAUCUGAAAAGCUUAUCAUCUAGAAGUCCUCGACCAUGUUUAAACAUUGAAGAUGAUCCAGAUAUUCAUGAAAAACCAUUUCUGAGUUCUAGUGCUCCACCUAUAACAAGUCUUAGUCUCUUAGGAAAUUUUGAGGAAUCUGUCUUGAACUAUCGUUUAGAUCCUCUUGGCAUUGUUGAUGGCUUUACUGCCGAGGUAGGGGCAAGUGGUGUUUUCUGCCCCACUCAUUUGACUCUUCCAGUUGAAGUGUCAUUCUACAGUGUUUCUGAUGAUAAUGCUCCCUCUCCUUAUAUGGGUGUGAUUACUUUAGAGUCCCUUGGUAAAAGGGGUUAUCGAGUACCUCCUUCAGGAACAAUACAAGUGUGAGUGAUGUCCAGUGCCACGGAUGAGCUUCUGAAAGCAUGGGCACCAAGUUACCUAUUGAUGUGUUGGUAAUUUGGUUAAAGUCAAAUCAGCAGCUUGGAAUUUUGUUUAAAAAUUAGUACUUUAAAAAAUAAUAUUCCUUCAGUUAUUAAUGGCCAAGUAGCAAUUGAAUUUAAUUUCAGUCUAUUAUGAUAUUGAUGAUGAUUACAAAAAAAGUCUAGUGUCACUGCAAUGUUUGAAAUGAAUCCAACUGUGAGAACAUGAAGUAUUACUUAGCCUAUUUUGUAACUAAUAAUAAUGAACUUUAUUUUCUAAACUUGGAAAAAUUUCCAAACAAGAAAAGUUCUCUUUUUUGAGAAUGUAUUUUAAAUUUUAUAAUAACCAUAUGUACCUGAAACAUCACAUCAAAAUCUAGUUUUACCAAGAUUUUAUUUUUUUAUUUAAAAAAAAUUCUAUUUAUUCACUAUUAAAAUGUGAGGAAAACUAAAAUUCUAUUUUGAGCAUUUUUCAGUUGACUCAUUUUAAUAAAGCUAGUGUUUGAAGUAAUUGAACUGGAAUGUUUUAAUUCAGUGAAGGUGUUAUUUUGCUUAAUCUAAUGGAACAUUUCUGAAAAUAUGAACAAGAGUAAAUGUUAUGUAUUAUCUAUUAUUAAUAUGAGAUUUGUGACUAAAGAUUUUGAUUUGUUACAGGAGCUUUUAUUUCUUUUAUUUAUGUAAAUAAAAAAUCUAAUUGAACCAUUAAAAAAAUAUUGACUAUCAUUUCAUAAACUUCUGAAAUUUUAUUAACUUUAUUCCCCCAAACUGAAUUAUAUCCACUGGGAUUAACUUAUUAUUGAAAAGCCUAUUUUAUUAUUGGCACAAUCAUUUUGAAUCAAAUAAACAAAUCACUGUUUUUAAAGAAUAAUUUCUAUAUUGUUU